CAGGACAUCGCACAGGAAGCUUCUCGGCUCACUAAAAGAACGUUUGGAGUUACGCUCAUUGGGAACCCUCUCAGAAGAUAAAAAUCAAAAGCAGACAAAUAAAGGAAAGGGACUGAACUGAUACUGUGAAGAACUGUGAGAAAGAGGCACCGGACUGAUAUAAUAACCUCACUGUUUCAGCUGAUACUGGUGGAGUUUUGUAGAUCAGGCUUGAAAACCAUCAACCGUCUGAACCAUGAAGCUUAUUGGAACAAUUAUUCUUCCAGCAACCCCUGAAGACAUUAGUAGUUCUUUGCUGACACCACUACAAAGAAAUACAACAGAUGCACCAGGACCAGCAUCCACAUCAUCAGUUUCUCAGACUGAUGGAGGUGGAAGUUGUUGUUUUAUAUGUGCAGACAGAGCCACGGGUAAACACUAUGGUGCAUCCAGCUGUGACGGCUGCAAGGGCUUUUUCAGGAGGAGCAUUCGCAGCAACCAAACAUACAACUGUAGGUUCAACCAGAGGUGUAUUGUGGACAAAGACAAAAGGAACCAGUGUCGUUACUGCAGACUGCAUAAAUGUUUCAAGGCUGGAAUGAGAAAGGAAGCUGUUCAGAAUGAGAGAGACUGCAUCAACCCCCACAGAGCCAAGGGACAACCAGUAGGAACUCUGUCCAUCAACGUGUUGCUGCAGGCAGAGAACAGUGUGCAACAGAGUCAUGAUAUCAGCACCAAGAAAACAGCCUGUGUGGGAGACGUGUUUGAAUCAAUGAAGCAACAGCUCCUCCUGCUGGUGGAAUGGGCGAAACACAUCCCGGAGUUUUGCCGCCUUCACAUAGACGACAGGGUAACUCUUCUACGAACUCACUCUGCAGAACACCUUAUUCUGGGGGCAGCAAGACGGUCGCUACCUUAUAACGACGUUAUUCUUUUAGGGAAUGACUUUGUGAUCCCCCUGAGAGAAGCUGAGUUAGAGGUGUCCAGAGUGGCUCUCAGGAUCCAGGAGGAGCUUGUCAAGCCUCUCAGGGAACUGGACAUUACAGAUAAAGAGUUUGCUUGCCUCAGAGCCAUAGUUUUCUUUGCCCCAGACUGUCCAACGCUUGAGAACCCUCGGGUGAUCCGAUAUUUGCGUCUCCAGGCCCACGUUCUGCUAGAGGAAGCAACGUGUGAGCAACGAGGCAGGUUAGGAGAACUUCUUCUGAUCCUACCUUCCCUGCAGAGCGUUGCCUGGCAGCUGGUGGAGACGCUCCAUUUGGCGGCGCUGCUCGGUGAAGCCAGAAUGGACAGCCUGCUGCAGGAGAUGUUGCUUGGAGAGGGAACUGCAAAGGGACAAGACAAUGACCUGAAACAUGAGCAGCAGAAUGACCUCAGAUCUUCCCCUGCUACCUUCACCUCUGUAACCUCCCAUGAUUAAGCCAGCAGGGAAUUCUGAUCAAGAUACACCAGCCAUGGAGUUCAAACAACAACUCUCACCACAGCAGUCUUUGAGCUCUAAAUAUGUGCUUGGAUAGCAGAGUUUAACAUAAACUGACCACUGCACUGACCUGCCAUGUUUGUUUGACCAAGAGAGUUCAGACAGAGAGGGGUGAUGUGGGCUUGAUGGAACAGCUGUGUUUGCUGAGACAAGGCAGAGAUGUGUGUUGGUUUUCUUCUCUGUAACCCUCAAAGAGCACCACAAUGCAGAAUAUGGGUCAAACUCCAAACAGUGUAAUGAGUAGUUAUAGUGUUUUAGAGCAAUAUAAAGUGCAUUAGAAAGCUUUGCAGUCAUGUGACAGGCGUCACCAUAGAGAAAAAGGACAGAUAGAACCUAUGUACACAAGUGCAAAUAGGACAAAACUGUAACCCAGCCACUCUGAGUUUUACCAUCGCAGAAAAACAGAAUGAAAAACACUAAACUUGCAUAACAAAUACCAUAAUUAAUUAGAACAAAGACUUGAUCAUUUACAAAAUGUGUUUUGCAGUGCAUUAGAUCUUCCAAAACAUGCAUUAGGUUCCUCAUAUUAAUUUAUCGUGUCAAUGUUUGAUCUUGGUUCAAGAAGGAUUUUCAGUUUUGUUACUGAGGGUAGAUCUCCUGAAUGACACAUAUAACAGAGUCAGGAAUAAAGUGUGACAGACUGAGCCUUUUGGGAAUACAGAUGGGAAAACAGGCAGAAAGUCAAACAGGAUGUUGUAGAUUUUUUCAUCACACUCACACAGAAGAUGACUGAGCCUGUAGAGGAAAACAGCAUCUUAGUUACUGAAUUUUUACUGGAUUGAAUCAUUUUUGUUCUCAGUUAAAACCUUUUCCUGAUGCACGAUAAAGACACACAGUACCUUUAGUUGAACUUAGCCCAGCUCUGAUAAUAUUGUUAUUGAACAAACUUGCACAGCCUACUUUUGACUGCCAGUCCUCUUUCAACACUUACUAAUGGCAAUGUUUGAUGACUAACAGGGACUCUUUGACACCUACCAAGAAAAAUAAAAUAAAAUCCAGGCUUUGAACAAAAAACUCUUCACUUUAACCAUAAUUGUCCCAAAAAGCAGGAACAUGUGUAUGACCUUUACAGAAAGAGCACGUUUUCCCAUUACACUGUGCUCCAAUACAAACAAAUGGCCCAGCAACACAUUUAGCACAUCUACCACUGUCUAAUUACUCCACAUCUACAGUUUUUAGGAUUUACCAGAGAAUGCAUUGUUGAUGGUAAAACGGAUUUCUGAACUGCAUCUGUCGUUUAUAAACUGAUUGGACACUUUGUCUCCACUGUGGAAAGAAUACAAAAAAACGCUCACAUGGUCCAACUGACUGCAUGUGUUAAAAUCAUUUUGUUUGUGGCUUCUGUAUUUAUAAAUAAAUAUUCUUUAAUUUUGAUGCUUCUGAUCA